AUGGAAAAUGAUUCAUAUCAAAGCCAACAUGAUUAUCAACAACAAGCUGCUGAACAUCUACGUCAAGCAUUGGAAUAUGAUGAACAAUCAAAAAAUCCUGAAUUGGCUAUUUCAUUAUAUAAAAAAGGCAUCGAAAAUUUAGAAACAGCAAUAAAUUUAAAUAUUGAUUCAAAUGAUAAUCGUGCUAUAGAAUUACGUACAAAAAUGCGUAGAAAUUUAGCUAUGGCUCGUGAACGAGUUGAAGUAUUAGGAAAAUUAAUUCAAAAUAGUUCCAGUCCAUUGAUUAAAGCUAAUAUUCGACCAACUAAAGUUCAACGUCCAGUACGACCUCGUAGUAUUGCUUCAGCACCUUCAAAUCGAAAAAAAGAACUUCCAUCAACAUCAAAUAUUAAGAAAAUACCAACACAAAACCAAACUCAACAAAUAUCACUUAAAUUACCCAAUAUCGAACAGAAACUUGUUUCAUAUAUUCUUGAUGAAGUUAUUGAAAAUAGACCACAUGUCAAAUUAGAUGAUAUUAGUGGUCAAGAAGGAGCUAAACGAGCACUUGAAGAAGCUGUUAUUUUACCUGUUCUUCGACCAGAAAUGUUUACUGGUUUACGUGCACCUGUACGAGGUAUUUUAUUAUUUGGACCACCUGGUAAUGGUAAAACAAUGCUGGCAAAAGCUGUGGCUUCUGAAGCUAAAGCACGAUUUUUUAAUAUUAGUGCAUCAAGUUUAACAUCAAAAUAUCUUGGUGAAGGUGAAAAAUUAGUUCGAGCUUUAUUUGCUGCGGCUCGUGAAUUACAACCAUCGAUUAUCUUUAUUGAUGAAGUAGAUUCAUUACUCACAGCACGUAAAGAAUCCGAACAUGAUGCAAUGCGUCGACUUAAAACUGAAUUUCUUAUUCAAUUUGAUGGUGUUCAAACAAAUAAUGAUGAUCGUAUUCUUGUUCUUGCUGCAACAAAUCGUCCAUUUGAAUUAGAUGAUGCAGCAUUAAGACGUUUUCCUCGUCGUAUUUAUAUUCAAUUGCCAGAUAUUAAAACACGUGAACAACUAUUAAAAUAUUUACUUAAUAAACAAGAACAUAAUUUAACAGACAAGAAUUUUCGAUGGAUUGCUAAUGAAACUAAUGGUUACUCAGGUAGUGAUUUAACUGCUUUAGCAAAAGAUGCUGCAAUGGGUCCUGUACGUGAAUUAGAUGUUGAAGAAUUAAAACAACUAUCAAUUAAUCAUAUUCGUCCAAUAUCACAACAAGAUUUUGUUCAAGCCUUAAGAAAAAUUCGAGCGAGUGUAUCACCAUUAACACUUGAUAAAUAUAUUAAAUGGAACUCGACAUUUGGUGAUUGUAGUUCAUAA